UAUUUGUGUUUCGAAAUUUUGUCUUUCACGCCAAUAAAGAAUAUUUUGAAUGCAGUUUCAAGACGUGCGCCAAGACAUUCGGAGUCAGUCAGUUCGCCAAUAGCUGAAAGUGACAAAAAAUAAGAAAUAAUUAAAUAAAAAAUUGUUAUGACACAAAGUAAAAAAGAGUACAAAAUUCGGCAAUUUCUUCACUGCGAUAAAGAAAAUUGUAGGUGGCAGAUUGUUGCCGUUAAUUAAAGCGGAAAGCGGAAAUCAAAAGCGCAGCCAAAAACGCUUCUGCGAAUUUGUGGGUACUUUAUUCAAUUGGAACUCGCGUUAUUUUAAGUGAUAUAAAAUACAUUGAAUUCAUUACACAAAAGGAAACGGACGCCCUUAACGAAUAUCGAAGUUGGUGCAAGAGUGGCGCGGUGCGGUGCGGUCUCGUGGGGAAAGUUAGAAAGAAAACCCAACAAUUGUUUUUCGGGGUGGAAAGGCCAGUUGGUUGGUUGGUUGGUGAAAAUGUGAAGAGCAGCGCAGCGCAGCGCAUUGCCGAAUAGUGUUAUUAACAGCAGCGAAGCGCCAAGAGGAACAGUAAACAGUAGCCAACGAUAGAAAUUAUUAAUUAAAGUGUUUAUGUGAAAAAAUUUGAAAACAUUUUUAUUGUCUUCAUUGUGUGCGCAACAGAGGCGGCAGCGGUAGCAGCAGCAACAACAACAACGGUGACAAACGGCACUACGUAAAAGACACUUAAAUAAAUUGGAUGCGAAAACGCUCUACGUAAAUACAAUAGCAGCUGCAUCCUAAUGCUUGUACAUAUUUGUUUUUUGGAAAAGGUUACGGAAAAGUACAGCAAAAGUUGAACAAAUUGUUGGAGAAUGCAAUGAACGUGUGCUGCAUGGAAAGGCACAAUAUUUACAUGCAGAAAUAGUGAGCUAAAAGAGCGUGUUGCAUGCCAUUCGUGGAGGUUAGAAAAUAAUAAAGAAAAUAUACGUUGCAUGCAUGUGAACUGGUAGAAUAUGAAAUUGGAUUACGGCUGAGCGUUUGAAGGCUAUUAAAACUAUUCAGAGUUGCGAGAAUAAAAGAGUUAGCAAAGCAACGCGAAGGAGCGCAAGAAACAAGAAAAGAAUACAACUAAGAAAAAGACAGAAGCUCAAAUAAAAAGUGUAUUAAAUAUACUAGAAUUAUAUGAAAGAAAACGGUGUUUAAUGAGCGCGCCUUUGGCCCCAUCAGUUGCUUGCCGUAGGUUUAGAAACGUAGUUGCUAUUUGCGCGUAGUGCGGUGGUGGUAGCGAGAGCAGCGUGCGCAGCUCAACUGAAAACCUUCAUAAAGUAUACAGUGUUCAAGUCAAAUUUAAUAUUCAGUUGUGCUCUUCUUCCUGUGGUCGGUAAAACGCGCGCCUCAAAGUGCAUUUAUUCCAGCAUACCAUGUCCUCGAUAUCGGCGCAGGGCGUGGUCGAACGUGCAUCCGCUGAACUUUCGAAACGCAUUAAUGGCCUUGGGCUGCGUUCGAAGCACCAUCAUGGCAGUGGUUCCAAUUCGUCCUCGUCCUCCUCUACACAAUCCUCUUCUUCGUCUGGUGGCGGUAGCGGCAAAACUUCAGUAAUGGAACGCGUUACAAAUGCGCUCUGUGGCGGUAGCAGCAGCAGCAGCAACAACAACAGUAACACUAGCAACGCGAGUAAUAAUUCGACUAGCAACACAGCCGCCACACCCGAUAAGCCUACACGCAGUGGUAGUGGCAGCGGCAGCGGCACGCACACACCCACCGGUGGCUUAUCCGCGCCCGCAAGUCCCACUCUCACACACAGUGUCGGCAUUGUCGGCGCAGGCGGCAAUAUACAGCAACAGCAGCCGGCACAGCCACAAGCACAGCAGCCAUCACACCCGCAUCAACAUUCGCAGCAAACUUCGGCGUCGCCACCGCCACCGUCACAACAUCCAUUGCAGUCGCAGAUUGCCAGCUCGACGCUGGUGAAUUCUAAUUCCAAUAUGAUGGGUGCUCCAUCGCCUGUGCUUGGCCAUCCACUUGGCGCACCACCGGCGCCCACUGUCAACUCGAUCGCCAAGCAAAUGAACAUCACCAUACCCGGCCAGCCACAAUUUAAUACAAUGGGUCUUGUAGCGGCACAAAAAUCGGUUGCAAAUCAAUCGGUGAGUGGUGGUACACCACUUCAGUUACGCAAACAAUUACCCAAUCCGCAUCUACAUCAUCCAUAUGCAGGUGGCGGUGGCGGAGUCGUAACUGGUGUUUUGCCGACGGGCGCUGCUGGCGGCGCUUCAAACGCUUCACAACUGGCCGCUGCCGUUACACAGUCUGCGCUGAUACUACACAAACACCCGCCUCCCAUCACAAGCAUUGAGGCGCUGCUACUCGACGAUCGUUUUUUGAAUCGAUUUUUCCUUUAUUUUUCGUCAUAUGAGCGUCGCACUUUGGCGCAGGUGUGCAUGAAAUGGCGCGAUAUACUCUAUCGCAGUCCGCGUUAUUGGUCGGGCCUAUUGCCGACAUUGCAAUGUCGCGAGUUGCGUCAAAUACCGAGCUGUGAUCGUGUGAAGUUGUAUAACUCGUUAAUACGUCGCGGUUUUCAUGCGCUCGCGUUGGUUGGCGCCUCCGAUGAGGACGCACUGGACGUGGUACACUCAUUCCCUUUGGCCUCGAAGCAUAUACAUUCGUUGAGUUUACGCUGUUCGUCGAUCAGUGAUCGGGGACUAGAGGCGCUGCUGGAUCAUCUACAGAGUCUCUUCGAACUCGAGCUUGCCGGCUGCAAUGAGGUUACCGAGGCUGGCCUGUGGGCUUGCCUAACGCCGCGCAUUGUCUCACUAUCGCUGGCGGAUUGCAUUAAUAUUGCCGAUGAGGCAGUGGGUGCUGUGGCGCAAUUGCUGCCAUCGCUGUAUGAAUUUUCGCUGCAGGCUUAUCACGUCACUGAUGCGGCUCUGGGCUAUUUCUCGCCGAAACAAAGCCAUAGCCUGAGUAUACUCCGCCUGCAGUCGUGUUGGGAAUUAACCAAUCACGGCAUCGUUAAUAUUGGUGAGUGA